CCCGUUUGUCAACUUUCAAUCUCACCCACCUCCCCCCGACAAAAUCUCCUCUCUACCCAUUUCUUUCAUCCUGCAACUAUUUUCUUUUUCUUUUUAAAUCACCCAAAAAAAUGGAAUUAUUUCAAAAGGCAAAAGCCGUACGGCUAAGAAGCCACCACCGGAAGUAUCUCUUAGCAGACGACGACGGCGAACACGUAUCACAAGACCGACAAGGCACCGGAAAAAACGCACGUUGGACGGUGGAAUUCGACCAAGAUUACGACAAUGUCAUCAGAUUAAAAUCAUGUUUUGGCCGUUACUUAACUGCAUCCGAGGAUGUUCAUAUAUUGGGUUUAACAGGACAAAAAGUUAUUCAAAGUUUGCCACAAAAACUUGAUUCAUCUGUCAUUUGGGAACCGUCUGUUUUUUUAGAAAAUUCGAAAAUUCGUUUGAAAACAAGAUAUGGGAAUUAUUUAAGAGCAAAUGGUGGGGUCCCACCUUGGAGAAAUUCAAUUACUCAUGAUAUUCCACACAGACAUCAUGAUUGGAUUUUAUGGGAUGUUGAAGUUGUUGAAAUUCGGGUUGAUUCGAAACCAGUUGAUUCCGGGUUAUCGUCGUUGGAUUCGGAUCUUGAUAGUGAAUCUUUUCAUCUUACCUCGGUUCCCAUUUUGGGGAGUGAUAAAGGUUCUGGAUCGUCGAAAAAUGAUGGGAGGAUGAUUUUUUAUAAGUUGGCAGAUGAUGAGGGUGGGGUUGUUGAUGCUGAAGGAUCGUUUUUGUUUAAGGGGAAUAAUGUUGAGGAGUUGACUCAGAAUUUGGAGGAAGAAACGGAAUUGGAGAAUAUAACUGUGUGUUCUAGAAAUCCUUUGAAUGGGAAGCUUUAUCCGCUUAGAUUGGCCUUGCCGCCUAAUAAUACAACUAUGCAUGUUAUUGUGGUGCCAGCAACCUCCAAAGCGGCAAAAGAUUUCUAGUUGGGUGAAUGACAAUUAUGGAUCAUUACUGGGGAGGACAGACUAUCAAUUGCGUGCAUCUAACUCCUAUAUCAAAGCCAAGCAACAAAAAGAAGGAAGCGGUACGAUAUGUAUUAAAUCAAUGAACCAUGAAGAAUUCGAGAGUGAUUCCUAUAUAAAGAGUGAUUCAUUUUAGCAAACUUGGAUCAAAAACUUUUCACCUAAAUUGUUGUAUCAGUAAAGAAGAAAACCUUUUGAUUUUGUUUGAAACUAAUAUCAUACAUCGAGUUAACUUUA